AUCACCCAUUGUCUCCCUCUUUAUCAUCCACACGAGGGUUGCGGGGUUGCUAGUGCCAAUCCCAUCUAACAUCUACAAUGUUUUUAACAACAUUCAAAUCAACCAGUAGCACCUUGACAAAAAUAUUUUUUACCAGCUUAACUAUAGAAGGGUCGUAUGACCCUUGGGAUAAACAUUUACCGUCAUACUUUGACACAGUUAAAAGUUCAAGAUGAGAAUCUAAUCAUGUCUGAAAUCUUAUGUUUCUUAGUGGAGAAAAAACCAGCUGGGAGGGAUGUUGUGUUCUUGUUGGAUGGAUCUGAGAGUACUAGAACAGGAUUCCCAGCUAUGAAAGACUUUGUGCAAAGAGUAGUAGAGACACUCAGUGUGGAUGACAACAAAGACCGAGUCUCAGUGGUUCAGUACAGCAGAGAUCCAGCCGUCCAGUUCUAUCUGAACACAUACACAACAAAGGGCGAGGUCCUUGACACCGUCAGAGGCUUGAGGCACAAAGGCGGGCGACCCCUCAACACUGGAGCAGCUCUCCAGUACUUGAGAGAUAAUGUCUUCACGGCCUCUGCUGGAAGCAGGCGCCUGGAUGGAGUUCCACAGGUGCUAAUUCUGCUAAGUGGGGGAAGGUCUUUUGACAGUGUCGAUGCCCCAGCCUCUGCUCUCAAACAUCUGGGCGUCUUGACCUUUGCAAUUGGAACCAGGAGCUCUGAAAUGAGAGAACUGCAGAAGAUAGCUCAUGAUUCCAAUCACGCUAUGGCUGUGUCUGAAUUCACUGACCUUCCCACUGUCCAGCAGCAACUUCAGUCCUCCUUGGAGACUGCAGUUAUCGACGUCAGCCCAGAAUCACCGACAGUACUUGGUAUGUUAACUAGCGAGAGCGCUUUCCAACUGUGACUUGUUUCGCCUACACUUAGGGAGAGAAAUAAAGUCUGAGUGUUGAUCAAAUUCUAUGUGUGCAGUAAAGGAGAAGCUUCGGCUUGUUUUUGGCCAUGUGCAAUUGAAGCAGUUAAAAAAAAAGGGA